UUAUAUGGCGGUUGGGAGGAGUGGUGCCUUUAUCUUCUCCCUUGAUUGACCCAAAGAGACUUUGGCGAUUGAUUCGAAACCAAUGAACCUUGAAUCAUCAGUUUCAGUUCCAAGUGUUCAAGAGUUAGCAUUUCAGAGGCCAGAGAAAGUGCCACCAAGGUACAUAAGAGAUGAAGAUGGUGAUGACGUCAUUGGCCCUUACCCUUCUGAUCCAUCUCUUCGUGUACCUUUGAUAGACAUGGCAAAGUUGGUCAACGCCGACACACACCAACUCGAGCUUCAAAAGCUUCUCCUCGCAUGCAGAGACUGGGGUGUUUUUCAGCUGGUAAAUCAUGGAGUUUCAAAUACUUCUAUUAAGAACAUGGGGAAUCAUGUUCGGAGAUUUUUUGAGCUUCCUUUGCAAGAGAAGAAACGAUCGGCGCAGAGACCAGGAAGCCUUGAAGGCUAUGGCCAAGCAUUUGUUACCUCAGAAGAUCAAAAGCUGGAUUGGAAUGACAUGAUCUUUCUCAAAUGCCUCCCCAUUGAGAACAGAAAAUUGGAUUUGUGGCCACAAAACCCUCCUGAGUUUAGGGAUACAUUAGAGAGAUAUUCUGAAGAUAUAAGGGAAGUUACAAUUGCAAUUAUGAAGUUCAUUACUAUGUCUUUGGGGCUUCAAGAUACACAGAUAUCAGAAAGUUUCAGAGAAGGACUAUAUGAUAUAAGGAUGAAUUGCUACCCACCCUGUCCAGAGCCUGAAAGAGUUCUAGGGAUUGUGCCCCAUGCUGACAAUUCUGGGAUCACUCUUUUGCUUGAUUUUGCUGAUUUUUCUGGGUUGCAGUUCCUCAGAGAUAAAACAUGGCUCAAUGUUGAGCCUAUAGAAGGAGCCAUUGUUGUAAACAUUGGCCAAAUUAUUGAGGUGAUGAGCAAUGGGAUAUACAAAGCACCUGAGCACAGAGCUGUAGUAAAUAAGUGGAAGGAAAGGUUUUCAAUAGUGACAUUCUGCUAUCCAAGCCCUGAUACGAACAUUGGACCUGCUGACGAACUUAUAGGUGAAGGGAAGGUAGCUGUAUACAAGAAAUUGACAAAUGCAGAGUAUUUCAGCAAGUUUUUCAACAGGAAACUUGAUGAAUCCUUUCUUGAUAUGCUCAGAAUAUGAUCAAUGAUGUUAAAUUUGUACAAUAUUUCCAAUAUCACUUCCUUCUUGGAUCACACAUUUGCACUACACACUUUCUUUAUUUUCCCGGUCUAGGAAAGUGUGGACUAAUAAGAAUUCUAGAACGAUUUAUUUUUCUGUUUUAAAAGAAUAAGAAUAAAUUGUAGUUUUCAUUUUAAUGAAACAUGUGUUGAUUGACUCUAAACCAUGAUUGUUUUGAAGAGUACGGAUCCUUAUCGUACUUUUAGCAGUAUUAAGACUAAGUGGUUGUCUACUA